CCGACCAAUCGGAGGCCGGGAUGCUGCGGCGCGCGUGUGUGUGUGUCGCGCGUGGUGAGUGAAGCGGAGACGCGUGAGCAGCAGAGUUCCGCUCAGCAGAGAGGAAGGAGUUGCCACUCGGUAAUGGACGCCAGUAAAGGUAAAGGGGAGCAAGGGAUGCAAAACCCUGUCGGACAGAUGGACAGACCUGUCAGCUUCCACUUCUUGGAAAGCAUGCUUCCCAAGGUAGUGAGGCGGCGAGUGCAUGCCUUGAAAAGGCUACAGGUGCAGUGCGCCAACAUAGAGGCCAAAUUCUACGAGGAAGUCCACGAGCUAGAGAGGAAGUAUGCUGCCCUCUACCAACCACUGUUUGACAAGAGACGAGAUAUUGUCACAGGAACAGUGGAACCCACAGAAGCGGAGUGUGAGUGGCACAGCGACAGAGAGGAGGAGGAAGAGCUAGCUCAGGAAGUAAAGGAAAAAGCUGCCAUUGAGGAUGCAAAGAAAGAAGAAGCCAAGCCAGAGGAAGACCCAAAAGGCAUUCCCGAGUUCUGGCUCACCAUAUUCAAGAGUGUGGACAUGCUCAGUGACAUGCUACAGGAGCACGAUGAGCCCAUCCUAAAGCACCUGAAAGAUAUUCAAGUCAAGUUUUCUGAACCUGGACAGCCGAUGAGUUUCACAUUAGAGUUCCACUUUGAGUCCAAUGGUUACUUCAACAAUGCAGUCCUCACUAAAGUCUACAAGAUGAAGUCAGAGCCCGAUGCCCCUGACCCUUUCUCAUUUGAGGGCCCAGAGAUCAUUGAUUGUGAAGGCUGUCAGAUAGAUUGGCAUAAGGGCAAGGAUGUGACAGUGAAAACUAUAAAGAAGAAGCAGAAGCAUAAAGGCCGUGGCACAGUUCGCACUGUUACCAAACAGGUCCCCAACGACUCUUUCUUCAACUUCUUUAAUCCAGUUAAAGCUUCACCAGGUGGAGAAAUGGAUGAAGACUCUGAGAUCACUCUAGCCACAGACUUUGAGAUCGGUCAUUUCUUCCGUGAGAGAAUAGUUCCCAGAGCUGUGCUGUAUUUCACUGGAGAGGCCCUGGAAGAUGACGACAGCUUUGAAGAGGAGGAGGGGGAAGAGGGAGAUGAAGAGGAGCAAGACGAUGAAGGCGAUGACGACGAUGAUGAUGAGGGAGACUGCGACCCCAAGAAAGAACAGCCCCAGCCUGCCGAAUGCAAACAGCAGUAACCGCGAGGUCGGAGGAGGAGGUGGAGACCUGCUGUCAGUCAAUUCAGAUCCUUUCCAAUCGAAGAGUCCUACUACUCUUACAGGCUCCGCCCUUUUUAUGAACUCUCACCUGAACGCAAUAGAACGCACACCAUACUGCGUUUUUACUCUGUGCAUGACUUCCUUUUCUUUUUGUCUUGCGCCCAUCUCACCCCGUUUUUUAUUUGGCGUCAUUCUAAUUCAAAGUAGGAACAGACUUGACUCAAAAUUUUAAUAUAAAGGCGUCACACAGAGGCAGUCUUCUUCUUCUUCUUUGGUUAAGUGGAGUAAGUUGCUAUUGCCAAAAAAACUCAGAACAUCAUCAUGUGUAAAAGGACAAAAUAAAAAAGAUGGGAAAUGGAAUCCCAACUUUGGCUUAAUGGAAAUUAAUCAGUAACUCAGGGUUUUUUAACGCCAACAAGAAAAGUGAUAUUUAACCAGGAAACUGCUGAACAAGUUUGACUUAUUCUUUCACUGGGGUGUCUGAAGGGUUAUUUUUUAUUUUUACUUUUUUCUAAGAGACAUACAUGUAUCAUUUUCAAUUUACUUUUUUUUAUGUUCAUUAUCAUGUCAUUGGAUUAUUUAUUCUAGUGUCAUGCAGCUGUAUGAAGUGGUGCAUUCUGGGAUCUCUUUAAGAACCAGCCACAAUUCAAAAGGCUCCUUCUCAUUGGCUCAAACAUUAUUUGGGCUUAGCAGGUCAACGCAAGGUGAAAACUGCCAAGUACAUGUUUAUCGUUUUUCUUUAAUUAUCGACUCAUUUCAAACAUUGAGGAGUUGUGAUCUCCAUUAAUACUGCUCACCUCUGCCCCGGUGGGUUUAACAAGCAUUUCAACUGAGCGCCCGAGUGGACACGUAAACACUAAUAUCACGUGACGGGUGCGUGUGGUUAUACCUCAAAUAUAACCUCCUAUAUUACUACUUCUCUGUUUGCCCCAGAUGCUCUUAACUUAUCUAACAAGGACAGAAGGAAUUUAAUAAAGAUAACGAUUUCCCAAACCUCAGCAUCGCAUGUAGUCGAGUGGAUAUUUUCCUGAGAUUAAAUUCAAGCAGACACUGGUUGACACUCAACCCUAAAUAAGAUGCAGUAUCCAAAAGUCUCCCACUGUGUGAAAGAAGUUCUUCACACAUCUUUGAGAGCAGGUGAUGGGACAGGGUGCAGGAGGUUUGGAUCAAAUAUAAAUUCCUUUGCCAAAAAAGACAAAACCCCAACUUUUAUUCAAAUGUUUGCCAAUUGUCAUUAACAAAGUUUAAUCAGCAUUUUUAAAGUUGUUGAAGAAUAUAUAACUAUUUCUGUUAUUGUCUGAUGAUUCAGUAGAAUGUCUGUGGAAACACAAAUAGCAAAGGGUUGCCAAUGUAUUUUAUAAACCUGCUCUUGGAUUUCGGUCGUUUGGUUGGACCCCUUCGCCUGGUGGCUGGUCAUCGAUAGCAACAGCAAAAUAACCCCCCCCCCCCCCCCCCUCUCUUUUUACAAAGAACGAUUGUAGAUCUUGUUGAACGGAUCUUUUAGCCACGGUUGACAUCUUCAGAUCGAUUACAUCCGACCGUGUGCUAGCAAUGGCCUUAACUGGUUCUUAUUCACAAUUUGUUACUUGCGCAAUAUUUCUUUUCAAUUUGUACAGAGUUAGUUAAAAUAUUCUAUUAAAGUUGUGCGACAUGGAAA